GUUGGUGCCCGGAACAAUCGCCGAGUUUGUGCCGUGUACUACAGCAAGAACUCCGGAUUUGAAGUGAUUCACGGAUUGUUGGAUCGCUUGAUGCACGUUUUGUCGAUUCGUUGGAAGUUGGCUCCGGAAGUUGCCAGGGUGACUGCAGAAUCCGGUGAUAAGUCGACCGGAUUAACUUACGAACUACAGGCCGCUGAAGAUCCAACCUUUUUCCCCGGUCGAUGUGCAAAUGUGCUGCUUUCUCCGGGUAAUCGAGUUAUUGGUCGUCUGGGGGUUAUCCACCCGGAAGUGUUGCACCAUUUUGAACUGACUAUGCCUUGCUCUUCUCUGGACUUGGAUUUGGAAAUCUUUGUGUGA